AUAAACAGCUGCUAAGUCCUCGGAUUCUCUUAACUCUGUAUCUGAUAAGAUAGCUUAGUUUUCGAUGUGGGACUUUGAGAAAAUAACUGCUUUUAUGGAGUGGGGGUGGAGGGGUGAGGUAAAUAAACAACCCAAUGUUAAAGGGGUGUAUUGCUCAUAAAGUGCUCAGGGAAUUUUCCCCUAAGUAGCAGUCACCAGAGGAGGAAAUAGUUUUAAAGUCUGGAGAGUUCUUUGUCUGCUUGGCUAGUUUACAGACUUGGUCUCUGCAGCUUGUCUGCCCUUCCCAUUGUAAGUUUCAGCAUUUGAAAAGGCUGGACUUUUUUUUUUUUUUUUCCCUCUCUCACUUCCCUGUGAUGUUUUGAACUGCCUUCCUACAGACGUCAUAGAGCCCUUGAGGAAUAGUUUCUGCCUGGCGAGGUUGAAUGAUAGUUCUCAUUCACAAAGACUUGGAGUCACAUUCUAAGCAGGGGGCACAACGGAAAUUAGAUUCACAGGUAAAGCUGUGGACUCAACAGAAGUGCAGACAGCUUUGCUCCCUCCCUAACUUCUUGGUUGCCUAGAGAAGAGGUGUUUUUUUUUUUUCCUUCCCUGUGGUUGCCUUGAAAUGGAACUUCUCUGACAGCUCUACAGUGUCACAGUACCUCGUGGUCAUUUUAUUUUCCUUUUACUCUACCUGAGUACUUUUUGAGUGUUGAAAACCUUUAAACUUGUUAUUAUGGAAUAGCCAAGGGGAAAGAGAAAAAAAAAAUGAGAUCAAGUGACUCUUUCACCGUGUUGGUUUCCCUUGUGACCAGAUGAAGAAUAGAUUUAAAAUUCAGUUCCUCCCUUGGCAAUGCAAAACAGAAAAGAAACUGUCACUUCCGAACAGCUUUCGCGCUGAAGUAAAUUCAGUAUGAAAGAGGAAAGUGCUCCUGUGUUUUAGAAGCUUCCCUAUGUUUUGGACAAGGGCAGGAGUUGGACUCUGGGAAAAUUGGAUUUCUUCAAGCAGCCUCCUUUGGAAAUGGAAUAUAUUUAAAACCAUCUUUGUGGGGUGACAGCUGAAAUGUAUUAAUCACAAUACUUGGAAGACUUCUUCUGCCUCUUUUCUCUCUCUGUUUUUGUUUUUUUUUUCUCCAAAAUGAGCAUUAUUAUGAAGCCAAGAUCCCGGUCUACAAGUUCCCUGAGGACGACAGAGGCAGUUUGUUUUGAUGUGGACAAUGGCACAUCUUCGGGACGGAGUCCCUUGGAUCCCAUGACCAGCCCAGGAUCUGGGCUAAUUCUCCAAGCAAACUUUGUCCACAGUCAACGUCGGGAGUCCUUCUUGUAUCGAUCCGACAGCGAUUAUGACCUCUCUCCAAAGUCUAUGUCCCGAAACUCCUCUAUUGCCAGUGAUAUACAUGGAGAUGACUUGAUUGUGACUCCAUUUGCUCAG